AUGCCUGACAGCGAGACGGCGGAGAAGGUGACGGACGUUGCGCCAAGCGUCGCAGGCAACACUACCAGCGACGAUGGGACAGAGGCGCCGACAGAUGUGGACAGUCCUGCAGGCAUCACCACGCCUGCAGACAUCAACACGCCUGCAGACAACUCCACAUCUGCAGACAACAUCACGUCUGCAGAGAACACCACGGACACCACCGCCAACACUACCACGAACGAGACAGUCAAAAUUGAGACGGACGAAAACUGUGCAGAGCCAUUUCUUCAAUGUGGCGGUGAAACCUGGAAAGGGCCAAAAUGCUGCAAGGGCAAGUAUGUCUGCCACGAGGUCAACCCUUACUUCUCACAGUGCAAGACGAUGGAGGAGAUCGUCAGGGAGAACACCACCACAACGACCACGACGACAACCAAUGCUGAUCCUCAGCACUGUCUGAAUCCUUAUCAGCAAUGUGGUGGCAUCAGAACGAAUGGCGUCCCCUAUUCUGGUGAAACCUGCUGCCACGGUGGCUAUUAUUGCACCGAGGUCAACACAAACUGGUUGCAGUGCGACCCCACCAAGGCUGGUGGUCCGCAUUUUGUGUACAAGCCAACGGCAGAGCUAAAGGAGCCAAGCAAGGCGCCUCUUUUUACAUACUACGUCUACAGGGCCGAAGCAGCUGGCGCUGACUACACUGACAACGUCAACGUUGGAAAUCUGGCUGGCACCAUGUGGUACCUGCACAACGAGGUGGUGUGGAUGACGCCCCGAAAGUUCAACAUUACAACGCUGCAGCGCUACAAAGUCUCGAGUCGAGCCACACAGCCUCUUUUCAACCUGGGCAUGAACUUCGGAGUGCGCUACGCUUAUGAUGCGGCGCAGUGCACUGGGCCAUGGAACUGCGACCUCAACUACGGAAGGUAUGGCUACUUUGUCGGGUGCAACAAUCUGGGCGAGUUUCCGUUUCCCACAUACAAGAUCUAUUACGAGGGAGCCAAGUGGUACGCCCUUCCGGGGCCAUGCCCAGCAAACACGUGGAAGGAGAAGGAUGCAACCUGCAUUCAUGAUCAGCCAGGCGGCCGCUGUGAAGGCACGCCAACAGGUGAAGGAAACUGCACGUACAGCAUUGAGCAUGCGGGUGAGAUUUCUAUUGACGAGAUCGAAGGAAUCAAGAACUAUGCAGCAUUUGUCAAAGAAGGGUACGAGGAGUUCAACAAGACGGCAGACAAGGGAGUCGGUCUAGACUUCUGGAACAACAUGAACGACACCGAAGCCAAUAACAAAAGGAUGGCCAAGGUGGACAAACUCUUCAAAGAGAAGUACCCUGACAUGGCCAGCGAUGCUGACUUGCCAUCGCCCGCAUGCGAUUUCAAGAUGGCCCCGUUCUACACAGGUACUACAACCACGACCACUACAACCACGACCACCACCCUACCACCACCUUGCACAGAUGCGGCACCUGGCGACAAGUGCUUCAGCGCUGUGCGCUGGGCCAUGCAGCAUGGCAUUCAUGCUCAUCCAGAGUGGUACCCUGGCCUGACGCCUUCCUCCAGCUUCGGAGACUUUCAGGCGCAGGUCCACAAAGCCACACCGGAUGUUUGCCCCAUCCCCUGCAUCGGCAACGCAAAGCCAGCUAAACCAGCGACUCCAGCAGCGCCUGCAGAAGCUCCCGCGGACGCGCCCACGGAAGCGCCCGCGGAAGCGCCCACCCCCGAAGCGCCCGCGGCAGCGCCCACGGCAGAACCGGCAGCAGCUGAGACAACCACCCCACCUCCGGUGGCCCCUGCAGGCUGCCAAGAUGCUCACCCGGGGCAGUCUUGCUACUCAGCCGUUCGAUGGGCCAUGCGCCAUGGAAUUCGAGAACAUCCGAAUUGGUACCCUGGCCUGACAUCCUCGUCGAGUUUUGCCGACUUCCAGGCGCGGGUGCACAAGGCCACGCCUGGCAAAUGCCCUCCACCUUGCACCCGCCGCUGA